AUAACACAGCAGUGAUCACACACCGCAGCGCCGGAAGCUCUCUAGAGGAAGAAGAAGAACAGUCGGUGGUGAGAUCGUGUCAGUGAAAGGCCAAGACAGCAAAGUGAAACUCAAACCCUCACACAGAAACCAACACAAUGCUUCCUCUGUCUCUGCUGAAGACUGCCCAGAACCAUCCUAUGCUGGUGGAGCUGAAGAAUGGAGAGACGUACAACGGUCACCUGGUGAGCUGUGACAACUGGAUGAACAUCAACCUGAGAGAAGUCAUCUGCACCUCACGGGAUGGAGAUAAGUUUUGGAGGAUGCCUGAGUGCUACAUCAGAGGAAGCACCAUCAAGUACCUGCGAAUCCCAGACGAGAUCAUCGACAUGGUGAAGGAGGAGGUGGUGUCGAAGGGCCGCGGACGUGGAGGCGCUCAGCAGAACAAACAGCAGGGCAAAGGAAGAGGAGGAGCCGGCCGAGGUCUGUUUGGCGGUCGUGGCCGAGGAAUGACUGGUCCUGGUCGGGGCCAGCAGCAGCAGCUGCAGCUGCAGCAGCAGGAUAAGAAAUCGGGCAAACCACAGGGAAUGAAGAACCAGCACUGACAGACAACAUUACACCUUCUACAACACAUCCUGUUAUUCAGAGCGAUUUCUCCUUCAGUACAUGAAGAUAAAAUUAACCCUCUGGUGUUUCCUUCUGCUGGGAUGUUUGUCAGGACUGACCAUUGCAGAAAUCACACCGGGAGACGUUAAGAGAAGCUGUGCUUUAGCACUGAAUUUUGUUUUUUAGCAUCUGUAAGUUGGUAUUAACAUUUUUUUAGUAUGACCAUAUACCAGUGUAUCAGACAGAGCUGACAGACUUCUUUAGUAUCCAUUAAUAAUGUGUGUCAUUACAACUUUGCAAGAACAUUUUGUAUCACAAAUCACAUUGUAUUAUCCAAAAACAGUUUUCCAUCAGUAGAUACACUGGAAUGAGGUUUUUAUUUUUGUUUUUUUGUCAACUUGUCUCAGGUAGUUUUCAUUGUAAAGAAACUGCCCAGCCCCAACUUCUGUUGCAUGAAUAUUAUUUUUUAAAUUGCUCUUUAUGUUUGUGACGUUCUGUAGUUUGUCUGCUGCGUCGUACGGUCUGAUAACGACAGGUGGACCAGUAGACUGGCAGUCGGUUUGGGACGAGAAUUCAGUCCCUGAAAAUCAACACUUUUGUUAAAGCAUUUGUAAGACAUCACAUUAUGAUCAUUAGGAUUUCCAGAAAAAAAAGAUUCUCAUAUUCUUAAGUCUGAAAUGGAUAAGUCCAAUGUGUGUCAUGUUGGUUGGGUUUCAUUUUAUUUUUGUAACUAAAGACGAUGUUGUAAUUUAUUUACAUGAGACAAUGAGAAUAAAACAACUUUUGUUAAA